GACACACAGACAGCAGGCUACAGCUCACUACGACACAGAGCUGGGCAGGGAUGUUGUCGACCAUCCGGUCCUAUCUUUUACCACUUAUUAACUUGUACCUGCUCGGUCUGAAGACCCUGCUGGUUCAGCUUUGUAGUAGACGUUUCAGGUUACCAGUGAUGCCGAGACAAGAUGGUAAAGUUGCCAUAGUGACAGGAGGAGCUAGGGGAAUCGGCUAUGAGGUAGUCCACCACAUGGCCAGGCUGGGGGCGCAUGUUAUCAUAGGUGGGAGGAAUGAGCAGGAGGGUCUGGCAGCCGUCAGGAAGAUCUGUGAGGAGUACAAAGAGGCCAAAGUGGAGUUCAUGAAACUGGACCUAGCCUCUUUGCAGUCUGUCCGUCAAUUUGUCCAGCGCUUCAGGGAGCAGGACCUGCCGCUUAACAUUCUGGUCAAUAAUGCGGGUGUCAUGCUGGUUCCUGAGGGCCGUACUGAGGAUGGAUUUGAGCAACACUUUGGCGUGAACUACCUAGGCCACUUCCUGUUAACUUGGCUCCUCCUGGACACACUAAAACACUCUGGAACAUGUGGUCACUUCUCCCGCGUAGUCAACGUCUCCUCCUCUGCCCACCGGAUCGGCAAAAUCAGACUGAAUGACCUAAACAGCAGCCAGUGUUAUUCAGCCCAUGCUGCUUAUUGUCACAGUAAGCUGGCACAGCUGUUAUUUAGUUCACACCUCCACCAGCAGCUGCAGUGUGGAGGUUUCCCUGUGAGUUCAUGUGCCGUGGACCCAGGCAUCGUGGAUACGGCUCUCUAUCGACAUCUCUGGACACCCCUUGGCUUGGCACACAGAAUUGUUGCUCACCUGCUUUACCGGACUCCUUCAGAGGGCGCCUCCACUGUGCUGUACGCUGCUUUGUCACGAGACCUGGAGGGGGAGUAUGGAGGAGGUUUCUUGGCCAACGGGCACAGGGAGAUGACAACACCACCAACUUUUGACCCCCAGCUACAGCUGAGCCUUUGGGAAACCAGCCUGCAGCUGCUGGGUCUGCAGUAGCAUGGGACUAGAGGAAAACUACCUGAACUAAUCCUCUGAAAAAGAAAAAAAAACAUCAGACAAGACCCUUAACCCAGGGGCCAUACAGCCACUUUCCCCUUCCUUUUUUCUCAGUAUUUUUCCUCCAUCCAUACCUCACAUCGGGUGUUUGUAGCGUUUUAAGUUGGAAAUGUGGACUUUGAUUGGGAGUGAAGACCUCCUUUUUAUUCCAAACCCGCCAAAGAAGGGCUUAAGGGGAUGGAAGAUGUUUUUUGUUUGUCACAAUGAGCAAGCAGACAUAUAUGCACACAUCCAAACAUAUGCUGGGGUUAUGUAGAUUUAGGAUUUUUCUGUAGAUACUGGGCAGUUGCUUACAUUUAGUUAGAAAUAGAUAAGAGUUAUCAUCCAUCUCUGAUAGUGUGAAGUUAAUUCUCUGAUCGUAGCUUGCUUCAGAUGUCUGUCCAGAAGAAAUCCUUGCACAGUGUCGUGUCCCAACACCUGCCUCACUCUGCCUUAAUGUCCUAAGUUUGGCUUUCAGUGAAGAAUAAAUAUUUUCUUCACUGAAUUAAAAUGUUCCAGAGGUUUUACAAUCCCAGAAUGAGUAUCUUGUCAAACAGAAAUGCGUAUUUGUGCACAAAACAAUUAAACCCAUGAACUAAAUUAAGCCUCAGAAUAACACAUCGGUCAAGCUUCGCCACACACAAACACAUGCACCACCACAAUGGUCUGAUUUUUCAAAUCUAAACCCGCUUCAUGCAGGCGGGGGAAUGUGAUGUCAUCAGUAUGCUUUGACAGAUCACAGUGAGUUCUCUGAACGUAUCGCCAUCUUGCUGGUUUGACUGAGAGCACUUUAAUUUUAACGAUAUUCAUGUGCUUUUACUGGUUUCUAGUGAAUCCUCAUGUUUAAAAUAGUAGUGGUUUAAUAAGCUGUUGCUUUGUUUUGAUAAUGUGUAUUUUGCUGUUCUCAUGAAGUUGCUUGAUCAGCUCCUCUUUCCUCUGUUGAACGCACAGUAAUUCUACACAAGAGGUUCCUUCAGCUUGAUCAGGGAUUUGGAAGAAACACUGACAGAGAAAGAGAUGCUGUGUUAAAUAGGCCUACAUUUGGAAUAAUUCCCUGCAUAGAUCGGUGAGUGUGGAGGCCUUUUGUUUUGGUCUUGGGAAUUUUUUGCUGCUUUCAUUUUCUGAAGCCAGGAUUUCCAGAUGUUUGUUCGCUUUUGUCUGCUCAGACACAAAAAAGGGAAGGAUGGGAAACCAACAGCCACUUCACUCUGUCCCCGUUUUCCUUUGUGAUCUUUGUUAAUCGGUUUUACUGUGUCUGUGAUAUGUGUGUGUGUGUUUUAUACACAGGAGUUAAAAAUUUACUCAUGCUACAGACCCCAUUCAUUUCGACGGAGAGCACAACAAUGGCGAGUCCUGGAGGAACAGCGAUGGGAUGGGGAGUGAGAGGAAAUGCACCUUUUUUCAAUUACAAUACCUAUGAUUGGUUCCUCAUUGCUACUGCUGCUGCUUCCUCAAUUGGCGCAGCUCCCAGUGCAUUGUGGGAUUGAGAUUUCCCAGUGGUGAGAAUUAAACUCCAUCUGCUGAGCUGACACACACACACUCACUGAGAAAAGCAGUAGAUCCAGGCAUAGGCUUAUCUAAACAAGCACACAGCAAACAAACACUUCUGGUACUCAUGCAGGAAAAUACUCACACGUACACACUAACACGCUCCGCCAUAAUGCCAUCUCCACUGUGAUAAACCAUUUGAGCUGUGAAGAUGAAAGUUUUAUCUCAAAUUAACAAGUUUUGGCUAAAUAUUUUCUCCCUUAUGCCAUCUCAUGGCUCUGUGAAUACUGCCACUGAGCAUCCAGCAUUUGUUUUCUGCCGUAUGUGAAGCAAUAGUAUCACUGUGGUAGCUACUUCAGCUGGUAGCAGAGAGGAAGACAUGUAGAAUACAGGAGCUCAAGACUGUGACAGUGAUUUAAUGGAAAUGCCAGCUUUAAAAUAAAAACAUGAGGACUCCAUACAUCUGUCUACAGAUAUAAAAGCAUUCAUAGGGUUGGUUGCCCAUGUGCAUUGUUUGGAAUGAUUAGAUUUGAAGUGCUAGUUUAAAAACUAAUCCAGAUUUGAGCUUGUGUCCCAGUUCAGGGGGCAGAUCUUCAGCAGUACAGUCUAAAUCUGCUCCUUGGCUCAACAUGAGACAAAGAUCUACCCAUAAAGAAAUGUAAUGCUGUGGUUAAUUUUGGAUGAUGCCAUCAAAGAGUCAAAAAUGUUGCAGUAAUGCACCAAAUCAACACACAAUGAACACCAGGCAAGCACACCAUCAGGUUAAAAGUCAAUACAUCCAUAUUACUUCCAUUUAUAAGUAAUGCCCUGUGAUCAGCUUGUUCAUGCUGCAAAUAUUGGAGUUCAUGCCUGGCUUCCAUUAUUUACAACCUAUUGUGGAUCCUGUGCACAUAACAUGAACAGCAGUGAUGGAUCACCUUAACUAAAAGACCUGGUAAAUAUGACCUGAUUAUGUGAGUUUAUGAGCUGUCAAAGAUUGCUUUUGAGCAGUCGAUCAGCACAUGAUGAAUUGUUCAGUGUUCUGUCCUGCAGAUGUGAAGUCAACAGGAGGGGCAGCAUGUUGUGACCUUUUGUGAAGAAGGCUUUUCAAAAGGUUAGGCAAUGUAAGAUUAUUGUGGAGAAACUCUGCAGGGUCUAGCUAUAGGUGAAUGCUGUAUCAGGAUACCUGAAAGCUCUAGAGCAGUGGUUCUCAACUAGUCUAGCCUCAGGACCCACUCCAGAGUCCUGCACGGGUCCAAUUUUGCAAAACCUGCAUUAGACUGCACCUGUAGGGCUCAGAACCAGGACCCAAAUCAUUACCCACAAUUAUCCAUGUUUAAUACCCAGAUCUGCCUGGACUCGUGACCCAGUCUGAUGUCUUUAAUCAUUUACAUCAAGUAGAAAUAAAGGUUUAGGGCAGAUGAUAAGAAAAACCGAAGCAACUUUACAAGUUACUGCAACAACCAAAGAGCUAUCCCGGAAACAUUUCAGAAUAAAAUCAUCGUGUGAUAUCGCAGGCAGUCUCACCACAGAAACAAAGUCAUCAGGCUUUUAUUGUGAAAAGAACCUGAACCUGAAGAGUACCAUACCUAUCAUGUCAGCUUGAAAUGAAUUGGCAGACAUUCAGUGGUGCAGAGAUCUGACUGCUGCUUAAGUACAGACUUUCUGAAACCCUGGAGUUAUGAGCGGGUGUUCAGUGGUGACAACACAGCUAACCCUGCAUUUUGUUUAUUUUUACCCAUACCCGUGAAAUUCCAUUAUCAUAUUUUGUACUCCCAGGUACCUAUCAGGUGACCUGCAGGUACCAAACCCAGUGCAGGACUCUGACCCACCCCAAGCUUUAUGAUGGCAAAUUUCAAUCACUCACAUUUAUACAAUGAAGUGUGAUAUGCAAUCUGGACCUUAGAUGGUGAAAAAACAUCACUUCUUGAUGGCUUCAGAACUCACCUUAGUCUGAACUGUCCUAACAGAGAGUGCUUAUUUCAUGCUAUAUUGCCACAUGUACAUCAUACUUUGCUUAACUGCCAGGAUAAAAAUCAAACUCUAUUUAAUGGCAGAUACCAACCAACAUCAUGCAUCGUUGAGUGUUUGCCCUAACUUUUCUUAUUCCCAAUCCUGCAUUCACGACCCCCUUUAGUGUCCCCAUCCACCAGUUGAGAACCAUGGCUUUAGGGGAUAUGUUGACAGCUACAUAUAUUAAGUUUAUGUUAAACAUUGUACCCUUAAAGAUAUUGGCUUAAUUCAUCUUGAGUGACUUUUUUCAGGUGCUUUUAUUUUCUCCCUUGGUAAAAUUAUAUGAGUAUGUCCCAUUGAGACAUACUGGAGCAUGUGAACUUCCACCAGCAGGCUUACCUCUUUUAAAUGGGAGUAACUAAAUCCAUUAAGCCAAUCAGGGAUUGCUGUGUCAGAAAUUAUGAUGCAGUUGUUUUGAUUUAAUUCAGGUUUGAUUUUACAAUGGUGUUUAAAUUCUAAAUUUUGAGCAAACAUUUGUCAAGUUUAAAGUUUCUUUUCUGCUGUAGCACUUGUGUGGAGAUUGAAUCUAAAUACCAGCAAUAUUCUGCACCAACUCUCAAACUUUCCUUCUACUCAGUGUAGUCAAACUGCUUGGAAACUUCUUCAUCGCCUCAGUGCUUCCUUGUUAAACUCAGCGGUUCCCCCAGGCUACUUAAAGGUACUGACUAAAUAACGGAAUAAGAUACAAACCUAGUCCCAUUUAAAUUCAAAUGCACCCACAACCCUUCACCCGAAUAAAAACACCAGCUUGGUUCUUGGCAGCGCCUGUUUAAAAGUACAACGCUCCUGCGAGGGCUACAUCCUAUUUAAGAGCUAUCAUCUUGUUUCUCACAGUCCAGCUGCUACAGAAAAUGUACAAAAACCCUGAGAGGAAUGAGCUGAGAACGUCACUGACCAUCUUUCCUAUCUGAGCACAAGGUUUUUCCAAAGACGCAGUGAGGAGGAGUGAGCGUCUGUCCGGGUGUUCUUGUUGCGUCAGUGUGCAGAGGAGAGCUGCUAAAUUAUCAAUGAUUACCUUGUUAUAUAUUUAGCUUACUCCUCGAGCGUUUUAAACAGACAGGACAACACGGUGACUUUCCGAACUUGAACUGCAAAUACAGAAAAUAUAAAAAAAAAAAAAAAAAAAAAAAAAACAGCUCAAGUAACUGUCUGUGAUAUUGUCUGUAUGUGAUUACUCGUAUAUGAUCAUUUUAAAACGUUGUCAUGACUGGACAUGGACCAGUGGAGCUGUAUUUAGAUGACAAUGUUCUAAUAGCCAUUCUUCUGUCUGACCUGGGAUUACAUUUAUAUUAAAUGUUUUAGUCCCAAGUUCUGCAAUCCUAAAUGUGUAUAUGUAUAGGAAGAGAGAGAAUUUAAAGAUGUAUACAGGUGCUCCAGAUGAACUGAGUCCUCACUUUGGUGAAGUAACACUUAACCCUGCUGGCUGAAAAUAGCCCACGUUCCUGCCCCGCAUCCAGUGUAAGCACUCAGUCCAUCUGGGCCCCUGAGGAUUUAUGAAAUGUGCAAAAUGUUUUAUUUUUGUCAUGAUUUCAUUGUUGUUGAGAUACACAUCUUAUUGCUUUUGCCGUGCCUAAGAAGAAAAUCUCCCUCAUAAAUGUGUAACUGUGAAUUCUCAUGUAGAAAUGAGCUUGUAGAAAACUGUGAUUACGUCUUGUCUUGUGCAUUGCCGUAAGUUUUUUCUCUCUUUUGAGUGACGAGAGCUGAAUGUGAGCGUGUGAGAGUGUAUGUGUGUCUAGAUAAGGGAGUUCAUGUCCAUGUUUUUUGUCAAUGGUUGUGACAUUCCAGCAGCAGCCACCACCUUUUCUAUUAUCCAAAGCCUCUCAAUAAACAUAUCAUUGUGCCACUUC